GGCAGGGCAGAGGGCCCGGCCCGGGGAGCAGGGACAGACCCCCUCUCUGGGCCAUGUGCAGGGAGUGACCCCAAAGGGGCACGGGCAGGGCACAGGAAUCCAUUAUCCCAGCACCCACCCAGCCCCAGUUAUUUCUUGCCACUCAACUGCAAAAGAAGCAACCAGCUAAAGAGGGGCAAGGAGGCAGCGUGGGCCUGGGGUCGCCAGCGCGAGCCCCCCGAGGGCAGGGGGGCUGAGGCAGUCAAAGGGGAUGGCAGGACUCCAUUGGGUGUGGAGGACCAUUGCUGGCUCGCUGGGCUAGCUGCAAGCAGACUGUGCGGUGGGCAGAGCAGCCCAAGGGAGGAGAGAACAACCCUCUGCUGGGGCCUCGGUCAGGGGAGGGGUGUUUUGUGACAUACACACUAACCUGCAAACGAUGUCUCCUUUCGGUGCCCCUCUUCCACCUGAGCUGACCACAGCCAUGGCGGAGACCGUGAAAACUGCUGCUGCCAGCCAGGCUGCUGAUGACAAGGAGAAGGGAGCUCUGGCCCCAGCCCCAUAUCCAGACCACACUCCUGUUUCGAACACGAAGGCUGAGCAACCUUCCAAGCAAGCUUUCAGGAUCGUCAUCUUUGAGCAGGAGAAUUUCCAGGGCAGGAAGAUGGAGUUCACAAACGAGUGCCUGAACCUAGGCGACCGUGGGUUCGACCGGGUGCGCAGCGUCAUUGUCAGCACUGGCCCCUGGGUGGCCUUUGAGCAGUCCAACCUGCGCGGAGAGAUGUUCAUCUUGGAGCAGGGCGAGUAUCCUCGCUGGGAUACCUGGUCCAGCAGCUACAGGAGCGACUGCUUCAGGUCCAUGCGUCCCAUCAAGAUGGCGGCUGAUGGCUAUAAAAUCUCCCUCUUUGAAUCUGCUGACUUCAAGGGCAACAAGAUGGAAAUCCAGGAAGAUGACGUGCCCAGCCUCUGGGCUCACGGCUUCUGUGACCGGGUGGGAAGUGUGAAAGUGUCCAGUGGAACCUGGGUUGGAUACCAGUAUCCUGGCUACCGAGGCUACCAAUAUCUCUUUGAGAGAGGAGACUUCAGACACUGGAAUGAAUGGUCGGCCUUCCAGCCCCAGGUCCAGUCUAUCCGUCGCAUCAGGGACAUGCAGUGGGAUCAGAAAGGCUGCUUCACCGGUCCUGAUGCUCCUUCGAAGUGAGCGUGCUCCCUGCUAGCUAGCAAUCCUGGGCCACGUAGCACCUCGACACCCCUGCUACUUUCUGUGAACAGCCCCCAUCUUGCCUCUCUCUUGCAUCCCCUUUCUUGGCACUUUCCUUGUAUAUUGCACAUUUAUUGGAUGUCCUGUACAUUGUGAUGCAAAAUCAAUCAAUACAAAAAAUCAGACAACUA